AUGGUGCCGCGGUCGUCCACUUUCACAGCUGUCUUCCCAUCCAUUGGAAAGGCCCGAUGCCUGACCUGGCGGCACUCAAACCUGGGUGCUUUCGAGUCCAUACUUGGCACUGACCCGGCAUCUCCCCGGGCUACGCAGCACACGCGCAUCCCCCCCAGGGGGAAAAAAAUUCGACUUCUCGCGGCUCGCGGAGAGCGUAUCGGACAGAGAAGCGCGCCGCGAGCGCAAGUCCCCCGCUGCCGGCCCUCACCGGCCACCACCUUAGCGCAGGGGCAGGACGCCCAGGCCAAGAAGCAAUUUAUUUGCAAAUACUGCAACAGGCAGUUCACGAAGAGUUACAACUUGUUGAUCCACGAGAGAACGCACACGGACGAGCGUCCGUACACCUGUGACAUAUGCGGCAAGGCCUUCCGUCGCCAAGACCACCUUAGGACCACAGACCACAGGUAUAUUCACAGCAAAGAGAAGCCUUUUAAGUGUACGGACUGCGGUAAAGGCUUCUGUCAGAGCCGCACCCUGGCUGUCCACCGCAUCCUCCACAUGGAAGAGUCACCGCACAAGUGUUCCACCUGCGGCAGAAGCUUCAAUCAACGCAGCAACCUCAAAAUAACAAUAAAUAUAAGGAUAUACAAAAGACGUGCAGGAUUCGAACGUGGUCUGCAAGAUGUGCCGGCCCUCACGUUGGCACUUGCACUCUACAGGACAUCCCGUUAGUCUGGACCACAGAGAAAAAGCAGGAAAAAGGGCACUCAUCAAGUAAAAUUGCCGACAAAAUGUUAGGUAAAAGGACACAAAUGCAACUGAUGCGACAUUUUAUCGUGCCAACGUUUCGCUCUCCAGGAGCUUGACAAAGCUCCGGAUACAGCGUGUUCUAUGUGUCCAUCUUUAUUCAUAAUAGACAAAUGCAGACGAGAUGCGUUCUCCCUUACCCCGGAAGACAUCAUGGGAACCUGCAAAAAAAGUGAACUUUUUAUUAGUCUAUCAUGAUUCUCGAAAUCAUAACAACACGACUGCAAACAAACAGGGAACGGGUGGGGUUUGUACCCUACCCUACGGGAUGGUUACGAGUGAAGAUUCAGUCCACCCCAGCAUUGUUAAUAUUUAUCAUACCAAAGACAUCAGUCCCGAGUGAAGCCUGUCUUGUUUGCUCAAGUGUUGGUGCUGGUGCCCCAGUGUUUUAUGGAACCUUCACUGGAACCCUAUGUUCAUGGCUGCUAUAGUGAGGCCUAGUUUCAAGUUUUAUCUAUCUUAGAGACCGAACCACUGAAUAGGCCUAAUCUUCAUUAUUGCUAGCCUAAAGGCUUAUCUACUGGAUAGGCCUAGUCUUCAUUGUUGCUAGCCUGGAGGUAGGCCCACUGGAUAAACUCAGGCUCCACCUUACAUGUCUGAGACUGACCCAUUGGAUAACUUCAUAUUUCAGUCUUAGACCCACCUGGAGACUGACCCAUUGCAUAGGCUUGGUUUCAGUCUUACCAGCGAGAGAGCCUCACUUCCUGGGUAGUGUCUACUGGCGGAGGUGUUGUUCUUCAAUCGUGAAUUCGCGAACGUCAACACAUGCUGAAGAACGCGCCAUCGAAGUUGUGAGUUGAACCUUAUCUCCUUGGUGAAGACAUUGUCAAGAUACCGACAGUUGAUGAGGAUACACAGAUAACCCGCACGGUAUUGUGCCUUUUUUUUUUUGUUAUUUAGUUGAUGAGGACGCAAAACCAGUGAAAUCCUUCAUUUGUACAACGUUUCGCUCUGUGCAUUAUAUAAAACAAUAUCUCCGCUGCUCUAGUAUCUUUUAUCCCCUUUGGCACCCUGGGUCCAACUACGUAUGCGCUGUGUGUGUGUGUGUGUGAUGUUGAAGGAAGGAAAUGCACUGUUGACAGCUGCGCAUGGCAGCAUGAUGGAGUUAGCUGAAUGUAUAGGUGCUUCCUGCAGACGCUGCGAGACUUUUGGAAAGCACUGGAAUGGGUAGGACGAUGUCUUGGAGGUCCGUCAGCGUGUACACAAGACUGACUCAGCGUAUGUAGCUGCUGCCAUCUUUCGGUGGCGUGUACGUCAAUACCUCAGUUUAAUUUAUUGUUGUUGUUUUAGGUUCAACACAAUAUGUAUAAAAGAAAUAUGUUGAGCCUCUCGUUAAGUUGUGGCAUUCUUAUCCCUGUGUGUGUGUGUGUGUGUGUGUGUGUGUGUGUGUGUGUGUGUGUGUGUGUGUGUGUGUGUGUGUGUGUGUGUGGGUGCAGGAGGGCGCUCCUUGGUUUGUCGAAGUCUCUUUGUCGGACCAUAAGAGGAGUCGAGCGUCACCUGGUCGACGGCAGUCCUGUCACACCACUCGACAGGGGUAUCCGUGUCGGCAUGCCUCGCCUGCAUAUAUUCUUUUCCGAUACAGAGGACGGUGUAUCGAACACCUUGGGGGGAGGGAGAGGGGGUAGCAGGGGGGGUCAAGAUCAUUAGGAGUGAGUAGAAAGAGAUUUAGAGCACCAGAUCAUCUCUCACUCUCUUUCUCUCUCUCUCUCUCCUCUCUCUCUUCUCUUAGCAGAAUCCAUGACCAUUUAAAACUGUUGAGAUGUUUGUAAGUAAAAAAGACAUGUGUUUUAUUAUUUGUUAAUGAUUUUUGAGUUUUGUAUAAUGUGAUAUGUGUCGUUGUUACCCAGUGUAUCCUCCCUCCCUCCCAC